ACUUUCAUUGGGCCAUGUGUGGAUGCUGUAGCGUUCACAAAAGUAUCAAGCUUUCAUCACCCGAACACGCAGUCACACACUCUCAUCUCUCUCUCUCUCGCUUCUCUUUCCCCACUUCGAACGAUUAAGGUGCUCUCAUGGUGUGCAGAAAUGACAAUCAUUGAGACAGUGAUGAGUCUUUCUCAUAAAAUUACUAACAUGUCCUCAACCACUGCAAAUAUUCAGCAUUCAGACUCAUCGUUUAAAAGAUGGGGCAGAAAAUAUCCAUUUAUCAGAUAUGGGCUUCCGAUGGUCUCACUCACAGUGUUUGGGGCGGUUGGUCUUGGUCAUCUUUUGCAAGGCAGCAAUGAUAUUGCAAAGGUGAAGGAUGAUCAAGAAUGGGAAAUUAUUGAGACAAGAAAAGCACUGUCGAGAAUGGGACCCGUAGAAGCAUACAAACCAAAAAAAAUCUCAUUGGAGGAGGAACUAAAGGCUUUGCGAGGGAAAGUGGACAUAAACAACUAUGAGUACGUGAGAAUUCCUAGACCGAAUGAUGGCAAGUCAGGCUAGUUUUUUAUUGCGGCCUGCUGGAUAAUCUCUGCCUUUGGAUGUUCAACUUUUGGUUUUGGUUGUCAAAACAUUAUCAAUUUUUUGAAUUCACUAGUGAAUUUCACCAUUGCAGCUGUAGUUGAGAAAUCUGUACUUUUCUACUAGAUAGAUUACUCUUGCAGCUGAAAAUAUAAACUGAGUUGUAAGAUUCUUGAAACAACAAAAAGUUUUGAUCAAGCAUUCUAGUUGUUUCUCCUCA